UCUUCCUCUUCCAGCCUCACCGUGCGCUCAGACAAAAAUAAUGUCGCUGCGUGUUUUAAGCUUAAACUUAUUAAAAAAUAACAGAAAUUUCCUUCAGAAUGCUGUUAGAAACAGUAAAGGACCCGGUGUCCAAGCGCUAGCGGUGGCGCCGUACGCCACACAGGUGACUGUCCAGGCCACACCGGCUGCUGUCCAAAAGCAAAAGGUGAGCAAAGCCAUGAAAGCCUAUCUGGAGCGGGCUAACGAGCACGACGAGUUUAUGAAAACUCAAGACUUGGAGUUUCAAAUUGGAAAACGGCAUUUGGCAAAUAUGAUGGGCGCUGAUGCAGAAACCUUUACACAAGAAGACAUUGAUGAAGCCAUCGCGUAUCUCUUUCCCUCCGGUCUGUUUGAUAAGCGUGCUCGCCCCGCCAUGCGAUCGCCUGAAGAAGUGUUUCCAGCACGUAAGGCAGCCGAGUUCGAUGAGACGGGUCGUCCCUUUCACAGCAUGUUCUACACGGGCAAGCCGAACUUUUUCCAGCUGCUACACGACAUUGUGGAGGAAACGAACAAGCUAUAUGACCUUGAAGAGCGCAUGCUGAGGCGUGGAAACAAGCCAGAUGAAAACCAAAAGCUCGAAACGACUGGCUUUCAAAUACUGCCGAAGGAUCAACUGGAGCGAGUGCUUGUCGAACACAUUGCGGACCUUGAAUACCAGAACUUUACCAAUGCCAUGGAUCGUUUAAUUUCCUUGCCAUAUUCGUAUAAAAGCAAAGCAUUUAUUGAGCGCUAUCUAAAACCCCUGAUUGAUCAAUCAAAGCAACUGGAGGUGCCCAAGCCAAAGAUCGAUGACCAGGGCCGCCAGUACAUAACGACCUAUGAGUGCCUGCGUAAAACGGCGCGUGCCGACGUCACUGUCCGUCUGCCCGGCACAGGAAAGAUAACUAUCAAUGGCCAGGAUAUCUCGUACUUCAGUAGUGAAGAGUGCAGGGAACAGUUACUCUUUCCUCUGAGCUACAGCGAAAUGCUGGGCAAAGUUGAUGUGGAGGCCAAUGUGGAGGGCGGCGGUCCAUCCGGUCAGGCGGGCGCCAUUCGUUGGGGCAUCGCCAUGAGUUUGCGCAGCUUUGUUGAUCAAGAGAUGAUUGAGUCAAUGCGUUUGGCCGGCUUGUUGACACGUGACUAUCGCCGGCGGGAGCGAAAGAAGUACGGACAGGAAGGCGCACGUCGCAAGUACACGUGGAAGAAGCGCUAAGCGG